AUGUCCAAAGAAACAGAAACUCCUGCAGAAGUGUGCCCGGUAGAUCCUGCUACACGAGCAGCAUGGCUGAAGACCAACAAACCUCCCCAUCCCUUCCCAGACGCAGCCAAAGAAGCCAGCCUCCUCACUGAAGGAAACAGCUGCGACUCAUCCCAGAUCGACCAAUCUCCCCCCCCCGAAAGCCAAAGACUCACUUCCCCCGCCCCACCUCCCUCCGAAACCCCCAAAACCCUCGGCCAAGACCGCGAAGUCUCAACUAUACCAAGAGCCUCUCCCGUUAACAAUGAAGCCGGAGCAAAGCCAGCGAACAGUGAGAGGGAGAGCGGUGUUAGUGCGAGUGGGAAUUGGGUCUAUCCGAGUGAGAAGAUGUUCUUUGAGGCGAUGAAGAGGAAGGGGUAUAGUAGUGAGGCAAGAGAUAUGAAGACGAUUGUGCCGAUUCAUAAUGCGGUUAAUGAGAGGGCGUGGAAGGAGAUUAAGGAAUGGGAACGGCCUUGGGGGGCUGAACAGAAAUGUGGAGGACCGAGAUUACAUUCCUUCCUUGGAUUAUCGACGACGAUGAGCCCGAAAGCUAGAAUGAAGACUAUCUUUGGUUAUAUAGCACCUUUUGAUAGACACGAUUGGGUUGUGGAUCGAUGUGGGACGAGGGUGGAAUAUAUUAUUGAUUUCUAUGCGGGAAAGAAUGAGGGGAAGUCGAAUGGGAAGUUGAACUUCUACCUCGAUGUAAGACCUAAGUUGAAUACUUGGGAGGGCUGGAAAAUGCGUGCGUUCAAAACUUUUGGUCUGGUGUAA